AUGUCUUUCCACGAUUAUUCAACCGUCUGCUCAGACUCCGAAUAUGAACAUUCUUCGGACAGUGGCAUCUCGAUGGAGUCUUUUCAAAUUUCUAGCGAGCAGCCAGUGCUUACCCAUUUUAUCGAUGUCAUUCUUCCGUUGGUCAAAGUGGAGCUUGUUCCAGUUAUCCUCGUAUCACAUGAUUAUCUGACAAAUGAAGUCCCGGGUGGCGCUAUCCAGCACACUGCAAUUCCGUCUAACCGUCGUCUUAUCAAAUGGUCGCUGCCUCCUCCAUCUGUUGCUCUUGUACCUCUUCCUGGAUGGAAACCGAUGCACUAUGGCUUGGAGACAUUUUGGCAGAGCGCGUUUGCUUGGUUCUUUCGCCCCUUCUUGGCCGCCCAUGGACAUCUCUGGACACUAGAGCCAACAGAACUUCCUCCUCUUUCCAUCGAAUGGCCAUGGCAUUCUGCAACUUACUUCGCUAAAGUUCGCUUCCAGUGUCAGUGCAAACGCGGUUGGACGUCAAUGAAGGGACGUGUCGUUUUUUGGUUCCGCGUUCGGCGGCAAGAUGAACAAAUCGUGUCCGAAGCUUUAUUCAAAUUGUUCGGCCAACAGUGCAGUUUCUGCUCCACCAGUGAUUCAAUCAAUGAGCUUGAAUUCCUGACGCCGCUUUGGUAUCCAGAGGAAAUUGAAAAUGCCAUUAGCUUUCUCGCUAGCCAAGUGAUCGUGUCUUACUAUGGCGGUGCAAACUUACCAAAUCUCUCUCCAAGUGACCGAUUUUUCCGCAAUUCCGGAACACCUUCGUCUGUUCCUCACGAUUCGACCCGCUGCCAAGCUUGCCACUAUGGAUAUUGUUCAACGCCUAAGUGUUUUGCAUGA